AUGCCCACACAAUUCAUCAGAAAUCGGUCGGCAUUUCCUCACGGCACAAACAAUGAUAUGGACGAUUUUCAGUAUCAGAAUGAUUUCUCAUCAUCAUCCCAUCAGCUACCAUCAACUGCCUCCGGGUUCUCAGAGCCGCAAAAUUAUCAAAAUUAUUCUCCGCCUCCUGGAAAAUCGGGGACAACUGAUCCAUUGGCAGGAGCGCUUUUGGGGCUUUCAGAUGUCAUUACGAAAUCCCUGAUUUCCCAUCCGUGUUCUGUGAUCCGGCGACAAUGUCAAGUCCAUCAACACGCUGGUUCCCUCCACCUGACACCUGUCACUCUAAUCCCAGUCAUCUGCAAUUCUGUAGCAAAAGAAGGCGUUCAGACAUUCUGGAAGGGAGCUCUGGGCUCUAGUGUCCUCUGGGGACUCACUAAUGUUACGGAAAUAGUUUUAGGCGAUUUGCUGGGUCUUCCACGUACUUUUGUGAUGAAUGGAAGUACGGAGAAGUAUUGGAAACAUAUUGUGUUGAAAGGAGUGACUUCAGUGGUAAUGACUCCAUUUUAUAUCUCUUCUUUCAUUGAGACAGUGAGGAGUGAAUCUGGAAUCGGAGGUGAAGACAACAAAAUCCUUGAUGUUCUUGUAAAAGGAGUAGAUCGAAUGAGAUAUUUUGUGUCGUCGGGCACUGGAGCCUCACGGAAGUUCUCAAUUAUUCAUUUGGCAAUUCCGACUGCUGGAUUUCAAGUUGGUCACUAUAUGCUCCAAACCGCCUUGUACAACCAAUUCUUCCGUAUGGCUCAGCGAUAUGUCAACCGGAAAUCACCGUCCGAAAAAACGACGUAUCACGACUUCCUCCCUCAAAUGUUCGCUCAAACAUCAUCGAUGGUGUUAACCGAUUUGAUACUUUAUCCAUUUGAAACCAUUCUCUAUCGAAUGUAUAUUCAGGGAACACGAUCUUUAAUCGAUAAUAUGGAUACGGGCUUGUCGGCUGUGUCUAUGAGUGUCAAGUACUCCGGUUUCUUUGAUUGUGUGAAAAAAGUGUUGGAGACCGAGGGAUUCUGGGCGCUUUAUGCGGGUGUCGGUGCCGUCCUCCUCGAAUAUUCCCUCCAUCAAGGUCUCCAACAACUAGUCCGUGCAUGUUUCGAUCGAGGAUCCGAAUUGCUCCGAAAAGCUACUCAAGGUCAUCCAGUCGUUCAAUCCUCCCAAAUUACACCUCCAAUUUCCGCGAAAUCUAGCUUUAAUGGACCGAUUAGUAGUUCUUUCCCGUCGGCAGGUGCUGCUGCGUUGUCACCGAUGAGCACGCCGAGAAAACACUCCACGCCGCCAAAAGAUCCCACCGAAUUCCCAACAUUCGGAGAAACAGUAAGCCAAAUGGGCAGUCCAUAUCACACUCAAAAUCGACAGAAUGUGUUCGGAAGCCCUCCUAACAGAACUCGGGCGACACAUGACUCAACGCAAAGCCUGCCACCACUACAGCUCAACAUUCGUCCCUCAUCCGGCGACCCAUUCUCCGGUUAA